GGCAUGGGUGGUGUGAGGGGAGGAGAGGAGGGGCGACAGCCCGUGGAGGGAGCGUUAGGAGGGGUCGGGGGAGAUGGUGGAGGUGGAGACACGGAGGAGGGCGCGAUCGACGUCGAUCGCGAGGCGCGCGCAGGGAGUCCCGAGACACGAGGACGUGCCUGAGGUUUAUCCAGGCACUGGGGAGAGGAUGGAGGACUUUUUGAGGCAAGCAGCCAAGGGACCUGUAGGGGAGGGUUCUUCCAAGAGGAAGGAAGGUGGAACAUAUCCGGCCGCCGCCCCAGGUGGGAAGAGGCUUCGCCAGCAGAAGGUCACUGACGCUCGCACACAGCACAUGCUGGAGCGUGCUCACCGCGCGGGGUUCUUACUGAACCCCCGCAGGCGACAUGUUGAGUACUUUUCGGGCGAGGUGAGGGAUUACCCUCGUUGGCUUGUAAGGCAAGCCAAGAGGUACAUUUUGAUGCAGACGGGUUACGAGGAGGAUGGUGUGGAGAACAUCAUUGCAUGUCGGCAGUUUGAGGACUUCCAUAUGCAGCAGGGCACAUUUGGGGAUUGGGGAGGGGGGGAGGGGCGUGCUUGUGGGCGUGCUUGCAGCGGCGACAAGGAGACGAUUGAGUGCGCAUCCUGGUGGUCUCAAUACGGGUCUGGUGCGCCUGAGUUGCAGCGCUGCGCUCUUCGUGUGAUGCACAUGUGGUCUUGCGCCUCUCCAACGGAGAGGAACUGGGGAGUCCACGAAGGCAUUCACACGAAGAAGCGCAACCAGUUGGCCUUUGAGAAGGUCGUUCAGCUCGUUGAGAUCACCGCGAAUGUGCGGUUGUCGGAGUAUCGGCGGGCUGGGUGCGGUUAUGUGCUGCCAUGGCAGCGGGACGAGGGCAUGCUAGACUGCCAGGCCGGACUGGAGUUGGAGCCAGUGCGCACGGGCACGCGCAAGGGGAUGACGCCGGAGGAGAUUGCCCAUCAGGUUGCGCUUAUCACCCGGGAUCCCAUCGGGGUCUCCGCACCACCCGCCGCUGAGGCCGUAUUCGGUAGACGUGCUUCCAUUUUUCGUCCUUACCCCAGGGAGGAUGAUUCCAACGAGGAGCCGGUACCCGAGGCAGCGGACGACCCCGCGCUCCGCAUUCCCCGUGAGAUCGACGAGACCCACCUGGAUCGCGAGGAGGACACCAGGGCGCAUACUACACGACGGGACGUUGACAGGGCGGAGAGGGAGAUGAUGGGGGGAGAGGAGGAGUUGUGGGGACCGUUCGGAAAGGUCGCUUCGACGGGCGGCACAGGAGCGCGGGUGACGAGCCCCGCUCCGAUGAGGCAGGAGUCGUCCAUGCCGCCACCUUCUGCUCCGAGUCCUGCACCGCCAUCGCCCGUCGCGCCAUAUGAGCCGACCACAGCAGCAAAGGACACGAAGGAGUUGGCGUCCUCUUUGCCUCAGCGCGGACUACUCCACAGAGGCGGGGCAGAGGAGGGGGGACCGUCGGCGGCAGCAGUGGAGGGGGAGAUGGCAGUGGAGGGGGGAUUGGCGGACACGACGAUUGCAGGUGUGGUGGACCAGAUAACUGUAGCAGCAGCGGCUUCAUUGCUAGAGGAGAUGGCAGCUUCAGUGUUGGCGGAGGAGGCACCAGCGCCAGGGGGAGCAGAUGCAGUGGAGGGGCAGGCGGGAGUAGCUGGAGGAGCAGCGGGAGGAGUAGCUGGAGGAGCAGCUGGAGGAGCACCUGCACUAGAUGGGCUUGUGGCUGCAGCAGCAGGAGCAGCUGGAGGAGCGGAUGCAGUGGAGGGGGGAACGCCAGGAGCAGUGGAGGAGGAGAUAGGGGCACAAGCGGAGGUGUCGCGUGGGGGCAGCGACGAGCGCCUCAUGCAGCAAUUCCUCACGGAUCAGUACGAUCCGGUCAUGGCAGGUAUGACCCCAGGUGUGGCGAGGGGGUUGGGGAUGUCGGAUUCGCAGAUGCGGAGCCACCUGGACUUAGAUUUGUCGAUGGGCCCUCCACCUAGUUGCGGCGGGGCGACAUCAACGGAUCACGCUCCAUCGAGGGACGACGCGGCCGGAGAGAGUCUCACGCAGCCCCAGAGAGUGACGACGACUGGGUCUCCGGAUGCGGCACGCGACAUCCUAGAGCGAGAGAGGGCUCGACUUAUGGCAUCGACUAACCCGCGUGCUCAGGCAUUCGCACGGGCGUUGGAGGACGCGAGGCGUCGAAAGACAGGGGGGGAUUGUGUGGAGGGUGGGGUCACUGGGGUGGUUGCUGGGGAGGAUGUUGUGGAGGGGGUGGCAGACGAGGCAGGGCGGGGGGGUGUGCGGGGUGGGGUGGUGGCGGGGGAGGACGUUGUGGAGAGAGUGGUAGCACGGGCGGACGCUGAGGCUGUGCAGGGUGGGCGAGAGGCAACGGAUGUUCAUGUGGAGGGCUUGCAACAGGCGGUGGAUGAGGCUGUGCAAGCAGGACGGCGGUGAGACGAGGGUGUGGGUGACGCACGAUAUGUGGUCCGGGAGACAGCGACGGAUCUAGUCGUUCCGUUCUCGGGCCUGCACUUGGCUCA